GACAAUACAUGCCUAACACAAGCUAGCGGUUUAUUAAAACUACAGUUUCUUAAUUGAAACUAAGAGGGCAAUACACCUGGGUAAAAUAUAGUUGCAUUUUGGAGGAAGCAGAAGACGACCUAGGAGAGACAUUGGUGCAUGGUGUAGCUCAGCAGACCCUAGCGUACAGGCUGUGCGGCCCGGGUGACCCAUGGUUGUCGCAGUGGACCACCCACAUUGCUUGCACCAGACGAUGAAAAUUAUCUGGGGCAGUACUGUAUCUACUGCACCAGGCAUGGGUUCCCCUUCACCAGACAGAGGCUGAUGAAAUACGCCGACAAAAUACACAGGUUUCGGCACCCAUGGGAAACAAUCCCACCACUGGGGAAGAGGUGGUGGGAAAUGUUUAGGAGGAGGCACAAGAACCUGAGCAUGAGGAGGCCAGACACUCUGGACUGGGGGAGAGCUGAGUGUGCUACACGUCUGACGACGGACGCCUUCUUCACUUCUUAUGAGAAGCACUUGGAGGAGAGUGGGUUGAGGGAGAAACCCAGACAAAAUCUAUAACUGCGAUGAGUCUGGGUUUCGAAGCGACUAGAGCAGGCACAAAGUGCUUGCUCCCUGGGGUGCAAAACACAUGUACCAGCAGGCUCCUGCUUCAACGCAGCUGGGGAGGACGUCCCCCAGUUUAUCAUCUACCCCAAGUGUUUCUCCCCCCCAGCCUUUGGAUGGUAAAACAGUGGCUACAUUGACGGGAACCUGUUCAGGAAGUGGUUUCAGCACUUCAUUAAGCAUGCAGUGAAGGAGCGCCCUCUCCUUCUCCUCUUUGAUGGGCACAAGAGCCACAUGGACCCGGAGGUGCUCGCUGCGGCACUAAGGGAAGGGGUUAUACUGCUUUGUCUUCCACCACACUGCACCCAUGUCCUGCAGCCGCUGGACGUGGCAUACUUUGGUCCUUUAAAGGCGGAGUUCUCCAAGGUAGCCAUUUUGACCACUCCUACAUGGUAAACAAAUCAGAAUUUGCCAGAGUAUUCCGCUACCCGUACCAGCGCUGCAAGGACAUGUGCUAUGUGGUGGAAAGGUUUAAGAAGUGUGGCCUCUUCCCUUUUGACCCUUCAACUAUUGAAGGGUCCUGUUGAAUGCCGUCUCGGUCCCUACCGGAUCCCACCACCGCCUCCCCUGGAACCAGCAGCACUGUGCCAUCCAUCAGCGCCUCCUCCCCAGCGACCACAGGAGGACCCUCAGCCCCUGAUCCAGUCCCAGCUCCAGCCCUAGCUCUAGAAGAGCACCCCCUAUUAGAGGGGGGGCUGAUAGCAAAGGACCUGGGGCACAUACUUACUGUCCUGAAGUAUCAGCUAGACCGAUAAAGAAGACUCCCUGUGGUCGCUGCAUGCCUCACCGGGGAGGAAUACACGCGCCAUUGGCAGGAGAGGGGCGAGAAGGAGAGGGCCGAGGCAGAGGAGAAAGAACGUCGGGCAGCCCUCAGAACACAGAGGGCAAAGGAGAGGGCUGCCAUGGAUGAGACCAUUGACGCCUCUGCUGGAGGCCCCGCUGGAACCACUCCUGACAGCUGCAUCACCAUUGCCAGUGUCUCCCAGUGUGCAACACCUGUAGGAGCCGCCGGAGUCCCCAGCUGCAGAAGAAGGCCACGUGCCUACUCUCCUGACUAUCGUCGGCCCCUCAACCCCAACAUUACACCAGCUCCUCCAAGCCAUCGUCAGCGGUUUCGUCCACCACCACGAUGCACACCACCCCCCCUGUCUGGCACCAGUAACGCGGCCUACUCUGGCCCAGCUGCCUCCUCUGUCUCCCCUGGUCACACCACCAUAGCAGCCUUGUCUGGUGUCCCUGCAAUUCGAAUACAGCCACCUCCACAGUCCACAGCACCCGCCCUCAAGCACAGAAAAGAGAAAAGCUCCACCGGCCACCUCUGUCACACCACCCAUGGCACCACUCUCAGAAGACACCACCUGCUGUGCUCGCUGCGGAGAGCAUGAUCCACCUGCAAGCUUUCCGCAGGAGUGUAGGUCCGAGGUGCCAUGGGUGUGUUGUGACUUCUACCAGCACUGGUUCCACUGCAGGUGUGUGCAGUGGGAUCCAGAGGUGGCGGUGAAGAUUGAUUUUUGUUGUGAUUUUGUUGACAAUAUAGGGAUUGAGGUCAAGAUUUAAUUGUUUGUUUUCAUAUUAAAUUAGUUAUUUGUAAAAAGAAAUAUGCUAAAAGAUAAUAUAUAUAUACAUAUUUAUUCAACCCAUCUUGUGUAUUUCUUCCUUUACUUUCCAAGUGCAUCUCUGCAACACAAACUCAUGUCAAUGCACAUGACUGAAAUUCAAGUUUUAUUUGAUGUAAAUUAUUCAUACUCAUUUAUAUUUUAGUAUUAAACUGUGAUCUAUUUUCUCAAAACACAAGAUUAAUCUGUAAAACUAAUUAUGAGACAUUAUUUGGUUACAACACUGAAUAUGUUGGUGAAGAACCAUUUUUUAAGAGUCCACAGGAGGGCAAUAAAAAAGUUGACAGGCAAGUCAUUUUUUUUUUUACCGGAAGGCUAGCCAACAAAUCAACUUGCUAGUAAACAGGUUGGUGUCUUAUUUUGAACAAAAUUAAAACGGAUAUAUCUUGUAAUUGAACAAAAUAGUAAGGUGGCCAAAAAAUGGGGACCGCAUGCCGAUUUUUUUGCUAAGUCGUUUAUCAAAAAGCUGAUAUUAGUAGUAUUUCCACUGAAAUGUCAAACAUGCUAAUUGCUAACCUGUUAGCUAACAUUUUUACAACACCAAUAAUCACAAAACAUUGAUGGCUUGAUCACAAGAUAACACUGUUUUAGGCAAUAUAUUUCUUAAACGCUGUUGAAUAUGCCGAUAAUACAGGGUGCUACGCUACUUCUCAAAUCAACGUAUCCUACUAUUUUCAUCACCAAUGGGAACCGUCGACACGCCUAUCUUCCAAGGAGCAUCUUCCAGAGUGAACAACAGUAGAAGACGGGAAAGGGGAGACCCCUUUUUUAGACAAUCAUAGCCUUACAAGCGUGCCGAUGAACGAAGACAUGCACAUGUAAAUACAUUCAUGAUUUCUUAUUCCAAACAGGCGGCGGUUCGUGUGCAAAGUAUAUGAUUACUGUGAGAAUGGUUCCUAACAUGUAUCAAUGAUAAGUCCCGCUUUUUCUCUCUCCCUGUCCAUGUCGUUGUGUAACAAGCCGCCAUAUGUUGUCAGUCCGCUAGGGACCUUGUCCUCAUGUAUUAAGUGUGUAUGUUUAUUCUGUGUUAUUAUUUAGUUAGCUAGUAAAUAAAUAAUUAAACCAAUUUGUGUAGUACUGAAUCAUGAGUAAGGCUGGGGUGUUUGCAGAUCCAAGAAAGUUAUGACUGUUCAGAAUUAUAUGAUAAGAGGUUUUGAUUUAAUACGUUGACUGUUUCAUGGAUAGUUUAAUUC